AUGAAACGAUUUGGUUCAGAAACAGCAUUUCAAGUUGCGCGUGACUCGAACAAGUUCCAAGAUACGCGCCGUGGUUGGGCUCAGUCUCAAAAUCUGGAAAACCUUCUCUACCCAUCGGCAAGAAAGUAUGCACAUCUCAGUUAUUUUCGUCAAAUCGAAAGUGAUACAUGCGGUAUAAAACCAUCUGAGUCGGCGAUUGAAGAACGUAUCUAUGGUGGAUCAGCUGCCAUGCCCAACUCAUGGCCAUGGGUAUGUCUCGCUGAAACAAAUGUGGUUUCCAUAUCUCUGUCAUUUUUUUUUCAUAUUUUUCAGCAAGUAUUCUAUGAAGAAGACAUACCGUGUGAAGAUUCGGACCCAUCCGGCAGUUGUACAUCGAACUGUGGGGGUUCUAUCCUGAAUUCCCGCUAUGUUCUGACAGCGGCUCAUUGCAUUAAUAAGAAGGACCCGAAUAAGAUAAUUAUCAAAGCUGGUCUGCAUAAUUCACAGUCCGAUGAUGAACAGGAACCUAGACGUCAAGUAAAGAAGAUUCGAAGAAUCAUUAUGCAUCAAGGUUAUAAUUCCGAAACACUAGAAAACGAUUUGGUCAUCCUUGAACUAGCUGAUCCCUUAAUUUUUAAUGAUUAUGUCCAGCCAGUUUGCUUGCCAGAUAGCGAUGUCAAAACAAAUUCAUUAUUGGUCGUACUUGGUUGGGGAGAUGAAAAGGCAGGGAGCAAUGCUCUUUAUUUAUUGAAACAAUCUACAGCUACAGUCAUGGAUGCUUGCAAAAAUGUCGACGACUAUGACAAAACGAAGGUGUUUUGCAUCGUGGAUCUUACGCAUAAAUCUUCAGUAUGCAAGGGUGACAGUGGUGGUCCAGCACUUCAGAAACAUGGUGGCCGAUGGGUUAUCGAAGGUGUACUCAGCCAUGGAGAUGACUGUAAAGCAGAGCCUGGAGAGUAUCAAAAUGUCUUUGUUCGAGUGUUUGCCUAUUUACCUUGGAUCAAUAAUAUCAUCGACGGCUAA